AUGGCGGAGGGCAUCAGGAAGCACCCCCAGUUCUACGAGGGCGUCCACGAAGCCUCCACCUUCAAGCAGGUCCAGGAAUAUCUGUACCUCAACAACCGCUCCUUCUGCGAGAGGCCCUGCCCCGCGCCGAAGAUGAGCCUGGACGUGAUCGCCAACCACUACCAGGAGUUCCGCGAGAAGAAGCGGGUCGAAGACAUGAGCCAAGACGAGCUGGCCCGCUACCUCAACGGCGAUUGGGACGGCUACGUGGCGAAGAUGUUCCGCUCUCCCGAU